AUGGAUAGAUAAUUGUAAACUAGCCAAAGAAUCUUUACAAAAGCUUAGGUUGAUGAGAAGGUUAAAUAUUUGCUUUGUGUUGAUAUGGAUUCUCAUUAAAUCUUCACUAUCAAUCUUAAGAAUCAUGAAAUCUGCAUUGAAUAUGAGGUUCCUUAAGUAUACAGAGUUAAGGCAAAGAAGGAUAUUAUGGAUAUCCAAAAAUUGGUUUAAUUACCUGAUUCCUCAUGGAACAUGGACACUUUGAGAAACUAAAGGUAUCGAAGGAGAGAAAUCUCAGAAUAUUUAUUGCAUAAGAUCGUGAACUAGGAGCCGACCUAUUUGGCUGAAUCAUCGAUGUCUGAUGCAUUCUCCAAAGUCACUUCACUCAAAUUGAUUGUAGAUCUAAGCGAUUACAUCAGAUUGGAAGACUAAGCAUAUUAAGAUAUAAAUCCUAUAACAAUUGAACUGCAUGUGGAUUUAGUCACUUGUUCAGACGAGGUGAUCAAGAAGAUCCUGAGAGUAGUCUACAACAACUUUUAAGUAAGACUGAAAACUAAAUCCCCUGAGAAUUAAUUUGUUCUGUAGAUUUCUGGUUUUAGAGAAUACUUAGCAGGAAACUACUCAAUAUUGAGUUACGAUAGAGUCAGAAUGAAUUUAAGAGGUAUAUAAUAUUUGCAAGUUAAUCUAACCGAAGUUUCAAAGGUUCGGAGGAUGUAUGAUAAUUUUCCUCCCAUUUUUGAAAGAAAUGCAGAUGAAAGUGUACCUUGGGAGUAAUUUAUGGACAUCCCUUGUUUUCUGUUUUAUGCUCCAUUUCCCUUGCGAGAUAUACAGAACGAGGAGGGGAAAAAAAGAAAAAAGAUAAGUCGACAAGACUCGAAUUUCUCACCCUUACGACCUCGUUUAUUUCUUAAGGAGAGAUGCUUGGAAUUCGUUGAGAUGAGGUACUAAAUGCUGUAAGAACGUUACUUCCCUUUAAAAAAGAGCAUCAUCUACUCUGGAGAAUGUGAUUACAGAUUCAAAAUUUAAAUUCUGUGUCUCUCAAAUGUGCAUAGACUCUUCAUACUGGAUGAUAAAGAUCUUGACGAGUUCAAAAAAUAAAAUGGGCACAAAAGAAGAGCAACUUAUAACGGUCAAUGUCCACCCAGAUUUAUUACUAAAGCAUCAGCAAAGCAAGAGGAAUAACAUAAUACUUCUAAAAAAAAAGUGAAGGUGGAAGAUGAAGAGAAAUUGCAGAAGAAGAUUAGUUUCCUAAAGUUGUGCAAGACUAAGGAAUAGGAUGCUGCAUAAAUUAAAUAACUUUCUAAAGGGACUUUUAAUCCACAUUUUUUUAAUCAUGGUCCAUAAGGGACAGCCAAUAUGGAAUGUCUAAUGUAGAAGUAUGAACUCGAUAUACAACCGUAUUUGAUAUCUGUUUAAGUGCUAUUGAUGUAUGGCCAGACUCCUUUGACCAAAUUCAGUAUAGUCAACAGUCAAAAAGUACCAUUCAGGCAAAACACCUGGUUUUAUCAAGACGUUUCGUUUUAAGGAUUGAAAAUCUCUUAGUUACCUAUGGAAUUGAGAUUGUGUUUCAACAUAGUUUUGCAUUCCUCAAAUGGGGAAGAACAAAUAAUUGGUAGUACAAUCACAGAACUAUUUGAUGAAAAUGGAAAACUAAAGUAGGGCAGACUGCAUCUAAAUGUGUGGCCAUUCUAUAAAUGUGAUACUAGGAUAGCAUGCAUGAAUGAAUAUUAUGGAGCAGCCUUGCCAAAUCAAGAGAGAACACCUUAUUACACUUAAUUGGUUAUUGGGAUGCCCACAUUCAUUGAAGAUGUUUAUUGGAGUUUGAGAGAUGAGAAAUACAUGAAAUAAGUUGGGUUCCCCUCCACUCCAUUGAAUAUCUAACAGAUUUCUCUCUAAUAUAUGAAUGGAAUUUUAGAAAGGAGAGGAACCUUGAAUUCCAGUGUCACAGUGCGACCUUAAAGAGAUUGGAAAGCCACUCCAAACACAAAUGAAUUGGCUAAAUUGGAUCGAUUGUUAAAAUUUGAUCCUCUUUAGCGUCAUCUUUACACAGAUGAAGACAAGUUCAUUCUGCUGAAAUGUAGAAAUCACUACAAGAAUUAGCCAUCUGCAUUUCCAAUCUUUUUGUGCGCUAUCAAUUGGAGUGAUCCUGAGGAGAUUAGAGAAGUAUAUCAGAUGAUGAAAGUUUGGACGAGUCUACCUUCUGAUGAUGCCUUGCCUCUCUUGGAUGCAAACAUUUCGGAUGAGCUAGUUAGGUAUUAUGCUACAAAGAGAGUAGGUCUAUAUAAGGAUGAUGAAUUGGUGCUUUUUAUGCUGGAAUUGACUCAAGCUCUCAUUUUUGAAUAGUGUCAUUUUUCACCUUUGGGAGAAAUGCUUAUUGAAAGAUCCAUCAUGAAUCCUUGGGUUGUGGGACAUGAAUUGUUUUGGUAAUUGAGAUCAUAAUUGCACAUUCAACCAACUUACGAGAGAUAUAGUUUAAUUUUGGAAUAGCUUAUGAUGCUUUUUGGAAAUUACAGAUAUGAGUUGUUUGGUGAGGUUUAAGUCAAUGAUGAGAUCAUGUAGAUUGCUGAUUUUAUCAAGACAGAGAAGGAUUCAGGCAAAAGGUUAAAAGAGAUGAAAAAUAAACUGUAAGAUGCCAGACAGAAAUUCUCUAAAACCUUUCAAUUUGCAAUUGACCCAAGAAUGAGUGCUUCAGAAUUGAUUUACGAAAAAUGUAAAAUAUUAGAUAGCAAAAAACUACCUUUAUGGUUAGUUAUGAAAUCUGCUGAAACUAGGGAUGUGACUCAAAUUCCAAAGUAAAUCAUCAUGUUAUCUUCUAAGAAUUUGAAGGAUACUGAUUGUCUUGAGAAUCUAAGAAGAGAGAAGGAACUAAGGAAAAUCACAAUAAAUGACAAGUUCCUUAUUAUUUUUAAAUGUGGAGAUGACAUCAGACAAGAUUUGCUGACCUUGCAAUUGAUAAAAAUCAUGGAUAAAAUAUGGUUAGAUUUUGGUCUUGAUUAUCGUAUGAAGCCAUACAAAGUGAUCUCCACAUUGGAUUAAGUAGGAAUGAUUGAAGUAGUUCUCAAUUCAGACACUACUUCAAGUAUCCAUGAGAAUGCUGGCAAAUUUGGAGCUUUGAACAAAAGUUCCAUUAUGGAAUAUCUGAAAAAACAUAAUAAACACAGCAUGGAAAAUGCAGUUGAGAAUUUCUUAAGAUCUUGUGCUGGCUACUGUGUUGCCACGUAUCUUCUUGGAAUUGGAGAUAGACACAGUGGGAACAUCAUGUUAACUGAAAGUGGGCAUCUAUUUCAUAUAGAUUUUGGUCAUUUUUUGGGUAAUAAACUCACCAUUAUUUUAGGUAAUUUCAAAACUAAAUAUGGAAUCAAUCGAGAACGAACUCCUUUUGUCUUCACUCAAGAGAUGGCAUAUGUAAUGGGGGGAGUGUAAGGACACAAUUUCCAAAGGUUUGAGGAUUUCUGCACUAAAGCCUAUAAUCAAAUUCGAUAGCAUGGGCAUUUGCUAAUCAAUAUCUUCCUUAUGAAUUUGUCAGCAGGCAUGCCUGAGCUCCAAGAGAUUGCAGAUAUCGAAUACUUAAGGGAGAAAUUGCAAUUGGACAUUGGUGAACAACAGGCUACUGAAUUGUUCAGGAAGGAAAUUACUACUAGUUUGAACGACAUGUGGAGAAAGAUUGACAAUUUGAUUCACAACUUUACAAGAGACUGA